ACAGACUUUGGUUUUAGCACAUUUUCUUACAGCGGCUGUGAUUGGUUACCUCAUAGAACAACAUGGCGGCGUCCAGGGGAAAACUGCUCGAAUUCAUGAUGCUCGUCGGACAGCUAAAAAGAGUCCCUCGGACAGGCUGGGUCCUGCGGGGUGUCCAGAACGUGGAGAGUGUAGCUGACCACAUGUACAGGAUGGCCAUCAUGGCAUUUUUACUGGAUGGGGAGGGAGGCCUCAACAGGGACAAGUGCAUCAAGAUAGCCCUUGUCCAUGACAUGGCAGAGAGCAUUGUGGGAGACAUUGCUCCAGCUGAUGGCAUCAGUAAAGAGGAGAAGCACAGGAGGGAGAAGGAAGCCAUGCUGCACCUGUCUGGUAUGGUAGGAGGGGAGGUAGGGAAGGAACUCUACAGUCUAUGGGAGGAAUAUGAGAUGGAGUCCACAGCAGAAGCUAAAGCAGUAAAGGAUCUGGACAAGUUUGACAUGGUCCUGCAAGCCUUCGAGUAUGAGACACUGCAGAAUCGGCCUGGACAACUUCAAGACUUCUUCAACUCUACAAGAGGAAAGUUCAAUUAUCCAUCUGUGCAGUCUUGGGUGGAAGACCUGAACAGACUGCGAGACAACGAUGACGCUGAUAACCCGUUAACCAGAAUUGUUAACCCAUCAACCAAGAGGGACCCCUCAUCAUCCAGCAGUGAUGCUCAGGAUAAAACCAGUUCCAGAUAAUGCUUAUGAUAUUUCAUAGCAUUCCUCACUGUCCUAGGAAAAAAAUGUUGUGUUUCCUGUUUCCCUACCCACCCUAGAAAAACAUGCUGACCCUAGACUUCUAAGGGGGUGGGCAGUGGAGUCACAUAGCUUCCAGUUAGAAUUUUUAUUCAGCUUGCUUCCUAUUGAAGUAAAAACACUGCCUGUCCUAUCCGAUGAAGGAUAAUUGUAUCUAUUAUGCACAAAAUUAAAGUUUGACAUUGAAAGGC